GGCGCCGCGCAUGCGCAGAUCAGUGAGAACGUUAACUCCUGAACUUCGUAGUCAGAAAAAUUCAGAUUUAUUAAAUAGCAGGGAAAACAGCAUUGAGUUGACAUGGCAUUUCGCCGAAGAAACAAGAGUUACCCUUUCUUCAGCCAGGAAUUCUUAAUACAAAACCAUGCCGACAUCGUCUUCAGUUUGGUGAUUUUCAUUUUGAUUGGAUUGAUGUUUGAGGCAACCGCUAAGACGGCCAUACUGUUCAUUCAGCCUCAGUACAAUGUCACCACACAAUCACAAGAGGGAGAGGUGACGUGGUACCAUUACGGAUGGAAAGACUGUGCUACCAUCCUCUUCUAUUUCUUCAUCGCCAUCAUCCUCCAUGCAGUAGUGCAGGAGUAUCUUCUGGAUAAAGUGAACCGGCGUCUUCAUCUCUCCAAGAGCAAGAACACCAAAUUUAAUGAGUCUGGUCAACUGUGUGUGUUUCACUUGGUGUCUAGUGUGUGGGGCCUCUACAUCCUCAUAACAGAAGGAUAUCUCCUGCAUCCCAGCAGACUUUGGGAGAACUAUCCCCAUGUACACCUCAGGUUUCAGGUGAAGUUUUUCUACCUCACUCAGCUGGCCUACUGGCUCCAUGCCUUGCCAGAGCUUUACUUCCAGAAAGUACGCAAGGAGGAGAUUUCUCGUCAGCUCCAGUACAUCUGCCUGUAUCUGCUGCACAUCUCUGCAGCCUAUUUGUUAAAUUUGAGUCGUGUGGGUCUGGUGCUCCUCUUCCUUCAGUAUGUGUCGGAGCUGGGCUUCCACAUCGCCAGACUCUUCUACUUUACUGAUGAGAGCCAUCAGAAAAUGUUUGACCUGUGGGCGAUCAGCUUUGUGUUUACACGGAUGUCUACUCUGACCCUGAUGUUCCUCGCCGUCGGGUUUGGUUUGGCUCGUGCUGAGAACCAGGGCCUGGACUUGGAGAUGGGCAACUUCAAUACUGUACUGAUAAGGAUGACUGUUUUACUGCUGGUAUGUUUGACUCAGUCUUGGCUACUUUGGAAGUUUAUCCGCUUCCAGCUGAGGCGCUGGAGGGAGUUCAGACACGAACAGGCUGUUCGCAAGAAGGCUGCCGCAAAACAACCCCUACGGCCACUGAAGAGAGACUCGCUUGGGCACCAUGAAAAUGGAGUUCUUAAAGCUGAGAAUGGAGCCUCUCCUCGGACCAAAAAACUCAAAUCCCCAUAAGAUAACAUACUGACUGGCCUGAACAGCGGCCUUAGCCCAGGCUAAGGUUUCUCAUCAGCACAACGAGGAAGCUGGUGGCUUCUGGUUGAGUAUGUCCUGAGAUGUUACAGGGACUCAGUCGCUACAGACUUAGGCUUGAAUGCUGGAAAAUGAAAUCCAAGGAAAUCCCUUGAGCCCAACAGACAUUUACUCUUCUCAUCAUAUCAGUAUUUUUUAUACAUCUACACGGCCUGCUAGCACACCCCAAGGAGCACCAUUGUAUACAGAAUGAUUAAAAUGUAAAGUGAACACAGUAUGCGGCACACAUGUUACUGUGUGUCAACGUUGAAUGUGUUGAUGCAUAUCCUCAUACAUAAGUACUGUAUUGGUUGUAGUGUUGUCUGAUGUCGCAGCUGUUUUCAGCUCUUUGCCAUUGAGCCGGCUUUGCUUGUUUUCUUGUCUGGUCCAUUGGAGCAGAGAAAUGUUACUGAUGAUAUGGUAUGAUAUGAGCUUACUGUAUACUGGCCUUAACACUAUCCCUUCACCAUGUUGGGGAAGGGAUUUUGGCCAACCAAUAGAGUGGUCACCUGGGCUCCUCCCAAUGAUUCUUGUACUGCAUUUCUCACUGAUCACUUAACAGAUAUGCACAAGUAUGUAUGUUGGAUAUUACCGCAUGCCAUUCCAUGUUUUUUUUCCUUUUAUUUUUUUUGUUAAUUACUUUAUUAAAUAAUGCAAUUUUCUGAAAUAAAGUGUGGAGUCAUCUAUUAUGACUGAGGCUGUAGAACUAGUAGGUAUUUUUCUACAUGUUUCUACAUUUUAUCAACCAAAAUGAAAAACUUUCAGUUGUUAAAAAUUUAGAGACAUUUUGCAAAAUUGUUGUCCUAGUUUAUGGUAUUUUUUUAUUUCCUCUGAUAUCAUUAAGAUAUUCUUGAAGUGUGAAGUUGCUGUUUAUUGCCUAUGUGUUGUAUCUGUUUAUUAGACUGCAUACUAGUGAAAUUACAAGUGUGGAUAAGCAAAGCAUACUGACACCUACCCUCGCUUUUUGCUAAAGUACUAGUCCGCUGUACAUAACCAGAUCUGUCAAAUCCUCUUCACAAAUAAAAAGCAAAUGCAUUUAAUAGUGAA